CUCAAAUCAAGGAAGCAGCUGGAGAAUUUAGCACAGUUCCUGAAGUGCACGGACUUCAUGAUGGGGCGUUGGGUCAAGCCAGACGUGUAUCCACUGAUGGCGGCAAUGACAUUCGUGACAAGUCUUUGCAUAUUCCAGCUCACAAGAAACGUUCUCUUGAACCCUGAUGUCAGAAUCAACAAGGCACAUAGAGGCAUGGCAGUGUUGGACAAUGCAGAAGAAGGGAAGAAGUACGCCGAGCACGGGCUCCGCAAGUUCCUCCGCACUCGGCCGCCGGAGGUCAUGCCAACCAUCAAUCACUUCUUCUCCAAAGAUAAAUCUGCAUAAUUGUACACCUUUUAAAAAAUCCUGAAAUUUGAAAUUAUGUUCAGUGUACUUGUGAAUGAAACUUAUGAUGUAUA